CUGCCCCCUGCCCUCCCUCCGCCCGGCCGUUCCUCCUCCCUCCUCCUCCUCGUCCUCGGAAGGCGCUACUCCAGCAGUCAGGCAGCAUGGCGGCCGUGGAGACGCGAGUGUGUGAGACGGACGGCUGCAGCAGCGAGGCCAAGCUCCAGUGUCCCACCUGCAUCAAACUGGGCAUCCAGGGCUCGUACUUCUGCUCGCAGGAAUGUUUUAAAGGAAGUUGGGCUACUCACAAGUUACUACAUAAGAAAGCAAAAGAUGAAAAGGCCAAGCGAGAAGUGUCUUCCUGGACUGUAGAAGGUGAUAUUAACACUGACCCAUGGGUGGGUUAUCGAUAUACUGGUAAACUCAGACCACAUUAUCCACUGAUGCCAACAAGGCCAGUGCCAAGUUAUAUUCAAAGACCAGAUUAUGCUGACCACCCUUUAGGAAUGUCUGAAUCUGAACAGGCUCUUAAAGGUACUUCUCAAAUUAAAUUGCUGUCAUCUGAAGAUAUAGAAGGGAUGCGACUUGUAUGUAGGCUUGCUAGGGAAGUCUUGGACAUUGCUGCUGGCAUGAUUAAACCGGGUGUGACUACUGAAGAAAUAGACCAUGCUGUACACUUAGCAUGCAUUGCCAGAAAUUGCUAUCCUUCUCCCCUGAAUUAUUAUAAUUUCCCAAAGUCUUGUUGUACUUCAGUGAAUGAAGUGAUCUGCCAUGGAAUUCCAGACAGACGGCCCUUGCAAGAAGGUGAUAUUGUUAACGUGGACAUCACUCUUUAUCGCAGUGGUUAUCACGGGGACCUGAAUGAGACGUUCUUUGUUGGAGACGUGGAUGAGGGAGCGCGGAAACUGGUUCAGACCACUUAUGAGUGCCUGAUGCAAGCCAUCGACGCAGUAAAACCUGGCGUUCGAUACAGAGAAUUGGGAAACAUUAUUCAGAAGCAUGCCCAAGCAAAUGGGUUUUCAGUUGUUCGAAGCUAUUGUGGGCAUGGAAUCCACAAGCUUUUUCAUACAGCCCCGAAUGUACCCCACUAUGCCAAAAAUAAAGCAGUUGGAGUGAUGAAGGCCGGCCACGUAUUUACAAUUGAGCCAAUGAUUUGUGAAGGUGGAUGGCAGGAUGAGACCUGGCCGGAUGGCUGGACCGCGGUGACACGAGACGGAAAGCGGUCUGCUCAGUUUGAGCACACGCUGCUGGUCACGGACACUGGUUGUGAGAUCCUAACCCGGCGGCUCGAGAGCGCACGGCCUCACUUCAUGUCCCAGUUUUAACUUCUCCGAGAGGGCACGUCUCAGUGAUACCUUCUGGCUGUACUAUGCAUUUCACUGAGAGCUCACAGUGGAGGAGGAGGUUUUUAUUACUUGUUUGUUUUGACUAUAGAUAAGGAAGGGCUACAGCAUUUGAUGUGUGUCCCUAAGAACUUGUCUUGAGUCUGAAAAAGCUGAGAAGAAUAAAGGAAACAUUUCUCAAUUCCUUUCAAUGCUCUCUCCCCCAAAUCUCUGCACCCCUGUUUUCUCAGUUGCCCUUUGAGCACUUUUACUUAAACCUGCUUCUAGUUGUUUCUAUCACUGCCAUGACUGGGCUGUCAAGAGCCAGCUGAUUGUUGAAGAUGAGAAUUCUUGAAACUUUAGCAACAUCUGUGGCUCCAGAUGUUUUUAUUAUAUAUGUAUGGAAAUAUAUAUGUAGACAUUUUAAAUUCCAUGUAUGUAUUAUCCGACACUGUGUGACCUGGGCUUUGUGCGGACUCUGCUCUGACAGGGUUCUGCGCUGUCCUGAAUGGACCCAGAGUCCGCAGUGGUUUAAUUCCCAGCUGGGAGUUGGCCUCCCCUCCUCCCCAUGCUCGCGAUUUGCCCUUGUAAUUGUGUGUAAGGAAGCGCCCAGCCAGUGAGGCCCUCUCCCCAGUGUGGACUCUGUCAGGGAAGGGAUGUGCCAAAAUUCACUUUGGAAAAAGGUUAUCAGGUUUUUAAAAAUCUGGUUUAUGGCAAAAAUAGCCAUGCUCCAAGUGGUAGCUGGCUGUUGCAGAGCAUGAGAAUUUCGUAAUACACUGCUAUUUCAGGCCUUUACAUGGUCAAAAUGGGAGGAAAAAGUCUCCCUUUCUUUCCCUCUCUGUUUUAUUUCCAGCGCAUUCCUUCAAGAUGUUCAGAGAAGGGUGGAGGUUGCACUGUGGAGGCUGACGGGGAAAGACAUUCUGAGAUCUCUCGUCCCGUGAGCAGAGUGGGUCAGGUGGGCCGUGAGCUUGAACACUGAGUGAACCUAGUGGUGAUCAGAAGGAGCUUCUUUGAGGACUGGACUUUCCCUUGCAGUAGGGAUGCAGCUGUCCUUGGUGUCCUGAGAACACUCACCAUAUUAGUUGAGAACCUCAUUAGAAAUGACCUCAGCUGCCCAAUAUCUAUGUUCCUUUCAGUAGUUCAGUCUGAACGGGAGUGCAUCCAGUGAAGACAUAUCAGAUCACAGUCAUCGUCAUUAGAGCAUACUUGAUAACUGGGUAUCUGGUAGCUUUCUUGUAAGACAGUUUGAUACCACUGACAUGUUAUACUUGUAUGAGAACAUCUUUCCCAGAGUGCCUCAGACCUUUAUUGCUUUAAAAGAAUUAUGAUAAUGUUUUCAUUACUUUUAUUAUUUUAAUGAUUUAGUAAAGUGACCGAAUCUGGUAUAGACUUUUUGGGGUAUGUGUGUGAAAUUUUUUAUCAAACUGUAAUAUUUGUGAAUGGAAUGCCUUGCAACAUGAAUGUUAAUAUAAUUGUAAAGGGAGAUUAAAACGUUUGAAUGAUUAUCCUG